AACCAGGUCGAUUCCAGAAAAGCAUUAUAUAUAAAAGUCGCUUCUUCCUUUCUCCUCCAUCAAUCAUCUUCUUCUUCUUCUUCUUCUUCACGUAGAACGAUCUCUCUUUCUCUUUCUCUUUCUCGAUCUCUGCAUCAGGGUUUCGCAGAUGGCGUCGAAGCGGAUCCUGAAGGAGCUUAAGGAUUUGCAGAAGGAUCCUCCUACGUCAUGCAGCGCAGGUCCUGUUGCCGAAGACAUGUUUCAUUGGCAAGCAACAAUUAUGGGUCCCCCAGAUAGUCCUUAUGCUGGUGGAGUUUUUCUAGUUACUAUUCAUUUUCCGCCAGAUUAUCCAUUUAAGCCACCAAAGGUGGCAUUUAGAACAAAGGUAUUCCACCCAAACAUUAACAGCAAUGGGAGCAUUUGCCUUGACAUCUUGAAGGAGCAAUGGAGUCCUGCUCUAACCAUUUCCAAGGUGUUGCUUUCAAUCUGUUCACUGUUGACGGAUCCAAAUCCCGAUGAUCCAUUGGUGCCAGAGAUUGCUCACAUGUACAAGACAGACAGGAACAAGUAUGAGACAACAGCAAGAAGCUGGACCCAAAAAUAUGCCAUGGGCUAAAAUGAGCUGCGGUAUGUGGCAUACGAGGGUGUCCUUAUAUUUUCACUGUUUCAGCUGUGUAUGAAUGAACGAUGUCUCUUGAAUCCUAAAAAUGGACUACAGGAGAGUUCCAUAACAUGUCCUCGAUUCGAAAAAGAAAUGUCAACAGAUGUUGCGUUUCUUAUUGUUUGUAUGAAUUAAAUAGUGAUCUUUAGAACAAUCAAUUGUGCCCCCAGUUUGAUCAUUGUCUUUCUUUUUGCUUAUCACACCCCCUAUCCUAUUCA